AUGGCAGAUUAUUCGCCAUCAGAAAUCGACAUUAUUAGUAUUUACGGCGUUGCUGAACGACAAAUUAGUCGUGAAUUAAAUGUAUCUCCUGUCACAGUGAAUAGAAUUUUACGCGCUAACUAUUAUCACCCUUAUAUUUCAAUUCAUCAACAACUUUCAGAUAAUGAUGAGGUUUCUCGUGUGAGAUUUUGCAGAUGGGCUUUAGAUCAAAUUCAUCGUAAUCCCAUUUUUUUUCAUCGAGUAAUGUUUAGUGAUGAGGUUACAUUUAAAAAUAAUGGUGGAAUAAAUCGGCAUAAUAGCCAUUAUUAUUCUGAAAACAACCCUUAUUGGACUCGACAUAUAGACAAUCAGUACCGAAGGAAAAUUAACGUAUGGUGUAGUAUUUUGGAUAGUCACAUUAUAGGACUUUAUUUUUUUGAUGGCAAUGUUACAGCCAUAACAUAUUUAAAUAUGUUGCAAAAUGAAUUGUCAGAAAUGUUAGAGGCAGUAAAUCUCGAUACGGUCCAACAUAUGUGGAUACAACAGGAUGGCGCCUCACCACAUUUUGCGCGCAUCGUAACAAAUUUUUUGAAUGCAACAUAUGAACAGGGUUCGAUUGGACGAAAUGGUUAUGUAGCUUGGCCACCCAGAUCAUCUGAUUUAUCACUAGACUUUUUUUUGUGGGGAUAUCUAAAAGAUGUAUUAGACAAUACCCACGACACUAGAAGAUAUGAAAGAGAGCAUAACACAAACAUGCAGAAAUAUACCGGAAAUCAUAUUAAGAAAAACCAUUGAGGCUUUCAAAAAGAGAUUACAUUUAUGUAUCGAUCAAAAUGGUAGUACUUUUGAACAAUUUUUAUAAAAACACACACACACACACUCACAUAUACGCACUCGCACGCACACACACACACACACACGCACGC